AUGUUGAUCGAGCUUUCAUCCACAACUUCUUGCAGUCAGAGAGUUAUGUCUGUGUCUUCAGCCACUCUAUGUUUCUGUGGACUAGCAUUGCUGAUUACCAGCGCCAACGGGCUUUUAGAAGAAGGCGACACACUAUUACAAAUAAAAGAGUCGCUAGAGGGUUGUGGAGGUACAAAUUUCCUGGCAGACUGGUCCAAUGCCUCUGCUUCAUCUGAUUUCUGUAAAUGGCAAGGCGUCAAGUGCACAUCAACAUCCCGCAACGUUAUUUCACUCGCUCUGGCCGGUGAAAACCUAUGCGGCCAUCUUUCUUCUAUGAUUGGGAAGCUUAGCCUGCUGGAGGAGCUCGACCUUUCCAGCAACAGAUUAUCUGGACAUGUUCCUCCUGAAUUGGGAAAUUGCACCCGCCUUCAGCACCUUAAUCUCUCCUAUAACUUCUUCAGUGGUGUCAUCCCCUCAACUUUGGUGAACUGCAGCUUGCUUACUUUUCUUGACCUUAGUUCAAAUAAUAUAUCUGGUUUCAUUCUUCCAGAGCUGGGGGAGUUGUCCUAUCUGUCCGAACUUCAUUUAUAUGCUAACAAUCUCUCUGGAGCAGUGCCGGCAUCUCUUGGUAAGCUUGCAAAUCUUCAAGUUUUAAGGGUAGGGUAUGGUAACCGCUUUACGGGUUCCUUACCACCUGAAAUUGGUAACUGCUCAAAGCUCACGUUUAUCAGCUUUGCCUCCUCCAAUCUGGAAGGCACAAUCCCAUGGGAAAUCGGCAAAUUGCAAAGGUUAGAAGCUCUAAUUUUGUUUGAUAACCAAUUGAAUGGUUAUAUCCCUUCAAGCAUUGGGAAUUGCUCGGCCCUGCAAGUGUUUGGUGUUUAUAGAAAUAAUAUACAAGGUCCCAUUCCAAGAGAGCUUGGCCUUCUCAGGCGUCUCCAAAUUCUGUGGGUGUACAAGAAUAUUCUUUCAGGACAUCUUCCCAACGAAUUGGGCAACAUGUCAAUGUUGCAAGUGCUAGACGUGUCUGACAACAAUCUUGUUGGAAGUUUACCACAGGAAAUAGGUAGGUUGAAAAGUUUGAGUUUACUAAGCCUUUUCAAUAAUAAUCUUUCUGGCACGAUACCUGAGUCCUUGGGAAAUCUUGCUAGCUUACAAAUAUUAAAUUUGGAUGGAAAUCAAAUCACCGGCACCUUGCCGGAAGGACUUGGUUUUCUUCCCAAUUUGAGUCUGCUGUUUAUCAGUAGCAACAGAUUGGAAGGUCAGUUGCCUGCAUCCCUCAGAAAUUUCAGCAGUCUGGAGAUCUUGGACGCCUAUUCCAAUCGAUUAAGCGGGGAAUAUCCUCCUGGAAUAUGUAGGGCUAAGCAAUUAAAGAUUCUCAAUCUUUUCGACAAUCUUCUGGUGGGAAAUAUCUCUCUUCUUUCGAAGAACUGUAUUUCAUUGAGGCGAGUUCGGCUGCAAAGUAACAACUUCACAGGCCACAUUCCUUCAGAUAUCUCAGAAGUGUCUGGUUCGGUUUACCUGGAGUUGUCCUUCAACAGUAUUCAUGGAGAAAUACCUGCCGAGGUAGGCCAGCUCAACAAUCUCACUAAUCUCAUUGUUUCUAGGAAUUACAUAACUGGACCUAUUCCUCCUCAAAUUGGGGAUCUCACAAACCUGGGCAGGCUCAAGUUGAGCAACAACAGACUCAGCGGAAGUAUUCCUUCCCAAGUCGGAAGUCUCAUGAAUUUAGAAUGGCUGGAUCUCAGUGGAAACUCACUUGAAGGUGCUAUUCCUCAACAUCUCGGCAACAAAUUUUCCUACCUGCUCAUCUUACGGUUAAGUUUCAACAAUUUGAGUGGAAGUAUCCCUGCAUCUCUGGGAGAUUGCUCAAGUUUGAUAGAGUUAGACCUGUCUCGAAACCAACUUGAAGGAUCGAUUCCUAGGGAAAUAGGAAAGCUGGUGCAUCUGUCAACUGGGUUGGAUCUCAGUUGGAACAGAUUAUCUGAUUCUCUUCCACCAGAGAUUGGAAAUCUUCUGCUUCUUGAAUCAUUAGACAUCUCCCACAACCAACUAUCCGGUCAGAUUCCAGCGGCUUUGAGAGGAUUAGUGCUUCUUUCGAAAUUCAAUUUUUCAUUCAAUCGAUUCACUGGUCGAAUUCCUGCUCUGAAGGCUUUCUCUAAAGGCCCAGCAAGCGCCUUCGAUGGUAACGACGCCCUGUGCGGCCCACCCACUUCCAGUUCCUGCUUGGAAAUUAGUAAUAGUAAUAGUACCAGUAAUAACAAGAGUUUGGGUACAGGCAGCAUGGUAGGAAUUGUUAUCGCUGGAUUGGCUGCUGUUGCGCUUCUAAUGAUGGGCCUUACAGUAUAUUAUAAUCGGAGCGACACAGCUGCACAAGGUGUAGAAGAAACACGAGAGGAAGAUAUAGGCGAUGGAUCAUUCAGCAAUGUGGAGGUGGAUGUUGCCGGAGGUUAUAAGCACAGAAUUACGUAUCAAGAAAUUUUGAAAUCUACGGAAGAAUUCAGUGAUAAAUAUCUAAUCGGCUCUGGUAGCUUCGGUAGAGUGUACAAAGCUCAUCUGAGGAAAGCUGAGAACAGCAUUGCAAUUGCUGCAAAGGUCUUGAGUUUGCACGAGGAUGGGAAAAGUAAUUUGAGGCGCGAGAUAGAAGCUCUCAAGUUCGUCCGCCACAGAAACAUUGUGCGAUUUCUUGGGUUCGUGUAUGGUACUGGCAGCAUCAAUAUGGACAUUCUGCUCUUCGAAUACAUGGCAAAGGGUUCUUUGGGGGAGGCACUAAAAUCACAAAGGCUAGGGUGGAAGAUUCGAUUGAAUAUAGGUUUGGGAGUAGCGCAGGCUCUGAAAUAUUUGCACCACGACUGCACACCUCCAAUUGUACACCGUGACCUUAAAUCGGCCAACAUUUUGCUGGACGAAGAAUACGAAGCACAUGUGGCUGACUUCGGCCUUGCAAAAUUGCUCUACCAAGAAGGCCGAAGCAGUAGCUCCUCUCUUUACGCUGGCACUCAUGGUUAUAUGGCUCCAGAAUGCGGGUAUGGAGUAAGGUCUUCCCCGAAGCAAGAUGUGUUCAGCUUUGGAGUUGUGCUGCUGGAGCUUGUCACUGGCAAGCCAGCCAUCGUGGAUGAGGAAGGAGGAGGAGGAGAAAGCAGAGGUUUGGCUGAAUGGGCUGCUAUCAUGCAGAGAAAGAAAGAUGGCCGCGUAGUUCUGGAUUUCAUAGAUGUCGAGCUGGUAAAUGAUUACGAAAAAUGAGGAGAUGAAAUUGAGAAAGUGAUUGAGAUUUCCCUCCUCUGCACUCGACCAUCGCCCAGAGAGAGGCCAUCCAUGAGAAGCGUAGUGGACAUGCUUUCUUCUCCAUCUCCACUGCUACUGGAAUAUGCCUCUCUCUAAAUUCUUAAUAAUCGUACUGCUCGCACCCUGAGCGCAGAGAAGACGUUCUUUCAAUUACAACUCUUUCUAUAUUUCGUCCAUAUCUCGCAGUGAAAACACUUUGAAUUUCAUUAUAUUUAGAUAUUAUUGUUCUUUCAAUCAAAAUUGGU